AUGAGCUCUUCCGAUCAUGACGCACUCGCCAUGGGCGAGAUAUCGUCCCGGCCCUCCACGUACGAAUCUACGGAGAUCGAGCAACCUACAUUGGCACCCGCAGAUGGCGGUAAAGCCGCGUGGUUACUGCUCGCCUCCUGCUGUAUCAUUCAGCUACCCGUCUGGGGUGUGCCUCAAAGCACCAACAUAGCGGAUCUGAACAAUCACUAA